ACAGUUGUAUCCAAGCGAUGAUGUCAUACUUGAGGAACAGAAGAAAGAAGUCACGGAGGCAAGACUUUACGCUCGCAAACUUGCGGUCGUCUCGCUUUCAGAUAAGAAAGAUGAAGAGAAAGAAAAUCCAGUGGAAAAAGAGAAAGAGAAAAAUGAUAAGGUAGUUUAUUUAUUUGACUAUUGUUUGUUUAUUUGUUUAUUUGUCGAGGCUGUGAGGUCACAAUGUUAUAGCAACCACAUCAAAACAUCAACCAGAACUUUAUACAUGUACGAAACAGAUUUUUUGGUGUAUCACUUCACUACAUGUUUCAGGUUACCACGUGUGGCUUGGUUUUCAGUGAUAAUGCAAAUUUUGAGUUAUCAUUUAAGAUAGACUUUUCUAAAUUUGGAUUUACUUUAUUUUUUAAGAAUGUAUGUAAAAAAAACUUUUAGGAAUCAAGGGAUUAUUUGAUUAACAUCUUGUGCUGCUGGGC